AUGAGUUUCCGCGAAAAUUUGCACGACCAAUUCGAACUAGUUCACAAUCAUUGUCUACACAGGCGGAAGGGAGGAGAAGAAUUCAUUCAGCUGCUUAAAGAAAGGGCACAGCAUGAAGAGUCAUAUGCAAGAGGUUUGGAGCGAUUAGGAAAUCAUCCAUAUUUUGUGACCAGCCAAGGCACCUUGUCUCACGCUAUCUCAGCAAUGAAAAAUGAUAACCUGAAUAAGGCCAUGCAAGCUAAAAUACUAGCAGAAAGCAUUACCAAUGACUUGGUCGAGCCUUUUAAAGAACUUUUAAGAAAUCAAGGAAAUACCCUUAAAAAAGCAAGUGCAGAAGGGAAAAAACUUGAAAAGGACAAAGCAAUGCUAAAGGAAAGAGUUGAAAAAUCUAAAGGGAGGUAUGUCAGAGCAUGCAUGGAAUGCGAGCAGCUCACAAUUUUGCUUGAGCAGCCAAUCCCUCAAGUGAAAAGGGAAAAACUCGUACAAAGAUUGAUUCUGAGCAAGAAAGAAGUAGAAGACAGCAUGAAGCAGAACAUUGAGGCUGUCAAUGCUUAUAAUUCCUAUCAAACCCGUUAUUGUGAUAUGAUGGCUAUGAUUCUUGAAAUUUAUCAAAAGCAAGAAGAGCAGAGGUUGGAAGCUAUGAAGGACUCUCUGAGGAAACUGGUAGUUUACGAGACUAGCUGCUUAAGGAAUCUACAGUAUGAUAUUGAUAAUUUGGCUCAUUCCAUGGAAAGUGUUAAUAUUCAAGCUGACAUCAACCAAUUCAUUGAUGAAAACACUUCAAAUAAUCCUAAAAUGAUCUUAUUAGAAUUUGAGCCUUACCAAGGAACUCAUCCAUCAUUUAAAGAAGUAAAGCAUAAUGCACCCAUUGUGACGAUUCCACAUAGCAUCACCACCAGCGACUCUCAAGCUUUAAAUGCUCUACAAGACGUGUACAAGUCCGAAAUCAGCAAUAUUUUACAGAAAACCUGAAACGCGGAGAAUCUUUCGCCAGAAGAGUUCCAUCAAUUUAGAAAUAUAAUCAAAGAUCCUUCUGCAAGACAAUGUUUUACUUCUGUUCUCGGCCAGAAAAAGACACAAGGAGAUGUCUCUCUCAGUGAAAAAAGCUUCGAACAGAUGGGAGAACUUCUACUAGUAGUCCUCAACGAAUGUGCCUUAACCACUGAUAUAAGAACCUCCAGAAACCUCAUCCAGCUUUCACAAGUUUUCCGCAAAGCCCAAGGAUCACCAAACGCCCCGCUUGAGUAUUUGCAAAAUCUUAUUAUUUCGCAUUCUAUAUGAGCAAGUAUGGAGUUCUGGGAAGGAAUUAUUCAGUCUGCGAUUGAUGAAGAUAUACAGAGUCAUGAAGUGUACGGUCUUCAUGAAAAUGAAACUCAGGAAUCAAUUGAAAAUCGCAUUAAAAAUAUCGUGUUUUGUCAGCUGGGGGUGUUUGGAAAUACUAUGCUAACUUUUCAGGUUGACACUAUGUAUGCAGCUGAGCUGGUGUCGAAAUAUGCGUGCAAGUACCAGUUGAGCUCAGAAGAUAUGGACACCUUGAUGGCAACGAUUGAUAAAAAAUUUUCUGCGAAGACAGAUAAAGAAGAAGAGGUCGUCCAGGAGGUCCAGAGGGGUGUGCCAAAAUGGCUACAUGAACUGGAAGGGGCAACUGCAACUAUGAAUAAGAGGAUAAAGAAAGAUAAUAAAGUUAAUGAAGAAAGUAAAACAGAGGAGCAUGAAAACCCUGAAGAAACGUACAAACAAGCUGAAAAUCCUGAAGAAACAAAUAAAACUGAAGAAAUAAAAGAAAGUGAUUCGCUUGAAAUAGUUAGGGAGGAGGUAAGCAAAGAGGAGAUAGAAAAAGAGGCUGAGCAAGAGCCAUAA